GGGUUGUUGGUAACAAUAACAAUAUCUGAGGGAUGGUUUGGUAAUUUUGGUAUGUCUUGCAACCAAACAUAAUAACAAAGCAACCAACAUAAGAAGAGAAGAGACAGGGGAGGAGGCACUUGAAGGUCAACCAUCGACCACCCUUUCCUUUUAAUUCUUCCCACAAACAUGUCACGCGCCGCUGCUUCAUUCGGAAUUCUCCUCUGUCUGUUCCUUGCCGCCGCCGCCGUCGUCAACUGCUCCGAUCAGGCAAACUGCAGCACCACAUGCAUUGCGGAGCAAUGCGACACUAUUGGAAUCAAAUAUGGCAAGUAUUGCGGGGUGGGGUACUGGGGUUGUGCUGGCGAGAAACCAUGCGAUGAUCUUGAUGCUUGCUGCAUGGCCCAUGACGACUGCGUUGACAAAUUCGGAAUGACUCAUGUGAAAUGUCAUAAGAAAUUAAAGAAUUGCCUAACCAGGGAACUGAAAUCUGGUAAGGUUGGAUUUUCCAAGGAGUGUCCCUACAGCAGAGCUGCACCUACGAUGAUAAGAGGCAUGGACUUGGCCAUCUUGCUAAGCCAAUUGGGUGACUCCGUUCCUCAUUAACAAACUGAAAUUAAACCCUCUUGAUAUGUAAUCUUUACUUACUCCUUCCCCAUCAACAAACUUCUCUUGAUUCAUUCAUUUGGGAAAUUAAGUUGAUCUUAUAUAUGAUCCUGUGUUGGACUUGCAUGGUUAAUUAAACCAUUGUUAUUGAUUUUCUAUGUUCUUAACUUA